CCUCCUACCAGCAACCCCCACCAUCCUUUUCCCCCUUUCCUUUCCCCGUGCAACAAACGCAAACGCAAACGCAACGCAACGAAUCGAAUCAAAUUCGCCGUCGACCUCGUCGGCGUCCGCGCCACCGGCCUUGAUCCCACGCCCCCGUCCGAUCGGCCACCGGAGAUGCAGCACGGGAGCGGCGACUACGCGUCCUCCGAUCCCGCCGGUCACUACUACCCGCACCAGUACGCGCCCCCGGACUCGAACCCGUACCCAGCCGCCACCGACGCGUCGGCGGCGGGGGCGGGCGGCUACGUCUCCGCCUCCGCGCCGCCCUACUCCGUCGGCGGAGGCUACUCCGACCAGCCGCCCUCCGCCCCGGCCUACUCGCAGCCGCCGCCCCCACAGCCCCAGUACGGCGCCGUCGGGUACCCGCCCUACCACACCAACCCCGCGCCCUACCCGCCGGAGCCGUACUACAACUACACGCCGCCGCCCACCCAGUCCACGCCCCCACCGGCUGCGGAGCCCAACCCUCCGCCGCUGCCCUACGACGCCCCGUACUACGGGGGCGGGUACCAGCCGCCGGCCGCGGGGUACGACAACGAGGAUUACCUGAACGAGGGCGCGUACGCGUACCGCGGCGGCGGCGGUUCGGAGCCGUACGGCGCGCGCGGCACGGCCCCUGCGCGGUCGGGAUCCGCGCUGUUUGAUGACUAUGGGCGGUCGAUCAGUGUCCCAUCUGGAGGGGAGCAGCAGCCCUGGAGCGGUGGUGGCGGUGGCAGUGGGGGUGGUGGGAGCUUUGGGGCGAUCGCGAGGGCCCUUCCGAAGGUGGACACGCAUGAGGAUGAGAGUGGUGGUGCUCAGAAAUUUCGGGUUAAGCUGCUGCCAGAGGGUGCAGGGAACCCUACUGAUGUGCUUUGCCAGAUUGGUCUAGAUGGAAUUCGCAUGCUUGAUCCAAAUACAAGCAGGACCCUAAGGAUUUAUCCCCUCGAUUCACUGACGAGAUGGGAGGUUUUGGAUUCAACUAUAUUUGCUUUCUGGGCGAAGACAUCAGUGGAUAUUGAUCCAAAACGAAUUAGGCUGAAGUCAAACAGUUAUACUUCCAAUACUAUGCUUGACACUGUGACAGCAGCAACAGUGCAGUUUAAGGAGAUUGGUGGAGAUGCUAAAAGCAAAGGAACUGUGGAUGCUGGCAAUCCUACGGUUCAAUCAAAUGAGAAGAAGAAAGGUUUUGAUUGGAUGUUUGCAAAACCUGUUGAUGAAGUGAAAGACCAUUGGGUUCCAGACGAGGUUGCUAAGAAGUGCCACUCAUGUGCUGUUGAUUUUAGCCCUUUCAAUCGCAGGCAUCAUUGUCGGAACUGUGGUGAAAUCUUCUGUGACAAAUGCAGUCAGGGAAGAAUUGCUCUGACAGCUGAGGAUAAUGCUCCGCUUGUCCGAGUUUGUGAUAGAUGCAUGGCUGAGGUCACUCAAAGGCUUAGCAUGGCUAAGGAAGCUACCAGCAGAUCUGCAACCGUGCAGAGUCAUGGAGAUCUUGCUAGAAAACUUAAGGAGGAAAUGGAGCGAAACCGCAAGUCUUCAGGUCCCGUAUCUGGUGGUGGUGCAUCUGGUACCAGAAUGAGGGAAGUUGCAUGCCCUACCUGCACAGUCCAUCUUCAGGUUCAGGUUCCAACAUCUGGCUCAGAGACAGUGGAGUGCGGAGUGUGCCAGCAUGCCUUCCUUGUAAGCUCCAAUUGAUACGUCGGGAGACAGUGCGUGCUAUAGAAAUUAUUCUGUUGAUUACUCGGCUUCUUUUUUGUUCUACACAUAAUAACUAAUAAACGUGAGUUCUGUCCGCCUGUAAAUGUACAUGAGUGGAUUUCAAUUGCUGGGUGUAUGUGGAGAAUACAGAUAGAAUUCGGUGAAGACUGAAGAUGGUCCCAAAUCUAUCUUGCAUCUGCUUCACUAGUGUUAUGCCAUGCUCCUUUUUCUCGUAGCAUCGUGCUUCUUAGCCUCCAGAGAGCAAAAUUGGGAUUUCGUUUGAAGCAAACUUUGUACAGAAUGUCACCUGUCAACUAUUAAUGGCUUGAGCUGUGUCUAUUUUUCGCUC